ACUUCCCUUUCAGCAUCCCACACGACACGCAGGGCUCACAGGCGAUAGCAUCACUGUAUGUGUGUGAAGGGAAGGCAGCGAACAACAUGACAAUUAAAAAUGCUAUCCGGGACUAUGGGCAGCGGUAUCGACCACGGAUGGCCUGUCUCAAAAAGGCUGAGAAGGUGGUGCUGGAGAUGCAGGAUCCUAAAUCAGGAGUAAAGUCUCAGCCUCAGAGAUUGGUUAUCACAACCAUACCCCAUGCCAUUACUGGUGAAGACAUAGUUGCAUGGCUAGCAGACAAAUUCCAAAUAGACGCACAAGAGGCGAGGAGUGUUGGCUCCAUGUUGGUGGCGUUAGGAUAUAUCUACCCUCUACAAGACCACAAACGCUUAGUGAUCAAACCAGAUGCAUCUCUCUAUCGUUUUCAGACUCCAUAUUUCUGGCCCACACAGCAGUGGCCUGUGGAGGAUACAGAUUAUGCAAUCUAUCUUGCAAAAAGAAACAUACGCAAAAAAGGCAUCCUGGAGCUGCAUGAGCAGGAGCAGUAUAAUCGUCUUCACAAGUGGAUGAAUCAUAAAUGGGAUUUCAUUGUGAUGCAAGCUAAGGAACAGUACAGGGCUGCAAAAGAGAGGAAGAAGCCGGACCGUGUGGUGUUUGACUGCCAGGAGAGAGCGUACUGGGUGGUGCACAGACCACCGCCGGGGACCGUGAGUGGGAUGGACUAUGGGUUGGAACGAAGAGCAGAUCCAAAUACAGAGGAGUCAAAAACACCGGACUAUUAUGAGAGAAUUAUGAUUUUCACCCAGCAGUCCAUCAUGAGACCCAGAGUGAAGUCAUCUGUUUCCAUUGGGGCAUUGGUGAAAUUUUGUACCACCUACCACACCCACGACCCCUUCCUCUGCAAACCCCUUCCCAGCAACCCCUGGCUCACUGAUGACGUUACAUACUGGACCUUGAACAUGCUGCAUGUGGAGGCACCAACUAAAAUGCGUGUGGAGCGGUGGACUUUCAGUUUCGGGGAGCUGCUCUCAGACCCUCGAGGACGAGAUGAUUUCAGACUCUUCCUGAAGAAAGAAUUUAGUGGAGAGAACUUGGCAUUCUGGGAAGGCUGUGAGGAUAUAAAGUUCGGAGCUGCUGCAACAAUGGGAGAAAAGGCUGAACAGAUCUACAAGACUUUCCUGGCACGCGGUGCACCACGAUGGAUCAAUAUUGAUGGAAAGACCAUGGAGAUCACAGUGAAAGGGCUGAAACACCCACAUAGAUAUGUUCUGGAUGCUGCCCAAACUCACAUCUACAUGCUCAUGAAGAAGGAUAAAUAUGGUCGCUACCUGAAAUCUCCAUUUUACAAGGAAAUGCAGAAGAAGGCCAUAUGUCCUGAGGAGCACAAGUUCACUGACGUCCAAUUGGAGCAGAACUCUAGGAACAGACGGCCCAGUCUCAGCCCUAUCAUCCUCCGGCAACAGGAGCAGGAGCUGAAGGCCAAGAUGGCAGCCAGCGCCCCCGUUGACAUCACACAGGUCAUGAGUAAACUGAGCAAGCAGGGCGCUCGUCCUCCACCUCCUCCUCCUCCAAAAAAAUGAACAUUCAGAUCUAAGUUUAACAAACUAUAGGCUCGCUUUGUUUGAAUGAACUAUAGUUAUUUGAAUAGAAACUGAACUGUAUGUACUGAGUCUGCAUAUUUUUAUACAUUUUAGUGAUUAAAUUCAGAGAAGCACAUAUAUUUUCAGAACAUUUGCAGUUUAACUAAAUAUAAGCCACUGCCACACUGAAUAUGUAUUAAAGACAUACUAUACAGUGUGCCUAGUUGUUCACAGAAGGGUCUUAGUUACUUUUAAUAUAAAGUUUCUGUAUUUUUUUAAGGGAUUAAAUUAAUUGCGACUUGCAGAAGGAGAUGGUAAAGUAAUUAUGUAAGACCUCUGACAUGAAACAGAGGAUAAAAAAUGUAGAAAUAUGGGAAUGUGCAAUAGUUUAAAGCGGUCUUACGGUGUUGAUUAAAUGUUGUAGAAAAAAGCACAAGAAGAGGGCUUACUCAAAAUUGGGUCCAAGAAUUUUAGACCAGUAACAAUAUUUACCUAAUUACUUUAACAGAUUAUUUAUAAAAGGGGUGAACCAAACCUUAUCACAUGUACUUAUAGUGUGUCCAUAUUCAUUAUAACUGUUGUCUGUCAUGUUGUUUCCCAUAAUGUAUGUGUUGCAUUGCCCAUCUCCACUCAUUGAAUGUUCUGUACUGUAUUUGUUGUUAUCAGUCAUAAACUAAUAAACAUCCACAAAUCAUCUCAUGUUUA